ACUCGGCCCACGGGUCGUUAAAAUCCUCUAUGUUGUUGAUGUUAAAGAGGAACUCGUUGAGAAGCGAGCCAAGGAACUAGGCUGUAUUGGUCUUACCGAUAUGAAGGAAGCUAUGGCAGACCCCGAGGUCCAAGCUGUUAUCGUGGGCUCUAGCACGUACAUGCAUCAUGAGCAUAUCAUGACUGCAUUGAAGGCCGGAAAGGCCUGUCUCACAGAGAAGCCCAUCGCUGACAACCAGAAGGAACUCCAGGAGCUCAUUGAUUACGUUAAAACCGUAGAAGUGCCCUUUCGUGUUGGGUAUCAGCGUAGAACUGAUCCCAAUUUCCGUGUACUAAAGCAACAGAUAGAAAUGGGUAGAGUUGGGGAGCCUCGCAUUAUCAAUUGUACUUCUCGCGACAAUCCGGAACCUCCUAUGGAGUACUUGGAGGUCUCUGGAGGUAUAUUCCACGAUAUGCUCACUCAUGACUUCGACAUGAUACAUUUCCUCACCGGUCAAAUACCAGAGUCUGUGUAUUCCAUUGGGCAUGCCUACAACCCCAAGAUCAAGGCUAUGGAUGAUGUAGAUACGGCUAUGGUGACGUUGAAAUAUCCCAACGGUCUGCUUGCCACUGUUAACACAAGUCGCAUUGCUCCAUACGGCUAUGACCAACGCGUUGAGGUCUUUGGGCCCAAGGGCAUGGUGACCGCUGAAAAUCAGCGGGAGUCUACUGUUACAGUAGCGACCGAUCUAUGUUACCAGAGUGCUAGAGCUGACUACAGUUUUCCUGAGAGGUAA